UUCAAGCAAUAACUUGGUUAAUAAGCAAUGCAAAAGCAACUUCAAGGUACCCUUUCAGAUGCCAAGGCAGUGAUACGCUUACAACUUCUAGGAAGCAGGGAUUUUCCUCGAUUUUCCUACUGUUUACUCUGAAAAAAAUUCCUUUUGCAACGCGAAUGGUCCUGAAAAUCUAUGUUGUCUCUUUAUGCAUCCUCCUUUUGCCUUUUCCUAUUUUUCCCUGCUCCUACUUUUGAGUCACCAGCAACACAGAAAAAAAUAAUUAUGUGGACAGAAAAAGGCAGGAGUCCCCGGGAGAGAGCCGUAUAUAAAUCGAAAUCCACGGCCUAGGAGGAGUUGUGAUCCAGCCCCAAUUCCUCUGUGAUCACUUGCUUGGAUGUGCUGUGUCAGUUACAGUGACCCCUCUCCUCCUCUUCCUGCCGAGGAGAAGAGCAAAGAGGAGGAGGAGCAGCGGUGCGGCGCAGCCAUGGAGGUGGAUGCAGAGGCCUCCUACAGCUAUGGCUUCCUCCCCCAAGGCAGGCACCAGCCCUGCUAUGCCCCACCCCCUCCUCCACCAGAUGGUGAACUGUGGGAGUACUUCCCUUGCCCUUUCUGCUACAUCGAGGUUGAAAUGCCCUUCAUCUGCAGCCAUCUGCAGGAGGAACACUGCUUUGACACCAGAAAUGCUGUUUGCCCGAUAUGCGCCGAGAAUCUAGGGAAGGACAUGUCCGCGCAUUUCAGAUUCCAACACUCGCAUCUUCUUAAGAGGAGGAAGCCUUCGAGGCCGAGCAGCUCACCAUGGCCAGCAGCAGCAGCACCAUCCCCAUAUGAAGUGAACCCCUACCCCUACAUGAUGAGCAGCAGGCCAUGCCAGGACCCUGAGCCUGACCCACUGCUCUCCCAGUUCAUCUGCCGCGGCAGCACCGACAAAACCGAAACCGAGCUGGGAUCACGCGACGGAGCAAGCCAGCACCAUCGCCCGAGCAGCGCUCAUCUGUUAGCGGAUACCCAGAGGCCUGUGAGCCGGCUGGAGCUGGAGGAGAGGCUGCAGAGGAUUGAGUUCCUUGCUGAGAUCAUCACAUCAACCAUUCUUUAGUUAAAUUAUAAUCUCUAAUUGUGUUGAUGUCUAGGGUUUCUUGACCAGUUUUAAGCCUGUGUUUUAUGAUCCAGAUGUACUAUGUAACCUUGGCUAUCUAUCUAUACAAAAUUUGCAUGCUUUGCACUUA